AUGGUAAACAAUACAACACAUCACUAUAUUUCAUUUUUCUACCUGGUUGGUAUUCCUGGCUUGGAAGAUUUUCAUUGCUUUAUCAGCAUUCCUGUCUGCUUCCUAUUUGUCCUGACCUUGCUGGGGAACAGCAUAAUCAUUGUUACUGUCAAACUAGAACCAAGCCUCCACCAGCCUAUGUAUUUCUUCCUUUGCAUGUUGGCAAUGAAUGAUAUAUUACUUACCUGUUCCACAGCCCUGAAAAUGCUUGGUAUUUUCUGGUUUAAUGAACACUGGAUUGAGUUUGAUGUCUGUCUAACUCAAAUGUACUUUAUACACACACUGUGUAUUUUUGAGUCAGCCAUCCUGGUAGCCAUGGCUUUUGAUCGUUUUGUGGCCAUUUGCUUUCCACUACGUUAUUCAACCAUUCUUACCACAUCUAUGGUUAUUAAACUGGGCUUUGUUGGCUUGAGCCGAGCUCUGUUCAUGGUUUUGCCUUGUCCUCUUCUCAUUAAGAGGCUGCCCUACUACACAAGCUAUAUUAUCCAUCAUGCCUACUGUGAGCAUAUGGCUGUGGUGAAAUUAGCCAGUGCCAACACUCUCAUUAACAGAGCAUAUGGAAUCUCAGUGGCCCUUUCGGUGAUACUAUUGGAUCUAUGGCUGAUAGCCACAUCCUAUGUAAAAAUUCUCCAAGCAGUUUUCAGACUUUCUUCCCAGAAUGCCCGCUCUAAAGCCCUGGGCACCUGUGCUGCCCAUUUGUGUACCAUUCUUGCUUUCUAUACACCUUCACUGUUCAGCUUCCUAACUCAUCGCAUUGGCAAGAAUGUAUCUCCAAGUGUCCAUAUCAUUUUGUCCACCCUGUACCUUCUAGUGCCCCCCACAGUCAAUCCCUUGGUGUAUGGUAUCAAGACAAAACAGAUUCGGGACCGAGUGCUGAGCCUCUUCUCACACUUGAAAAUUACUGAGUACUAA